GGAGGGAGGGAAGGAGAGAGGAGGGCUUUCACUAAUUAGAUAAUAGGUAAUAAAUAAUAGAUAAUUUUAGGUGAAGGGAAAGACAAUGCACAAUACAGGAGAGGUCAGUACAACUGGACUAAACUAAAAAGCAAUGAAGUUUCCUGAAUAAACUGAAUGCUUCAAAGGCCAGAGUAGCAGGUGCAGGGCUUUGGGGACCAUGGUUUCAGGGGACAGCUAAGUCAAUUGGCAUAAUAAAAUCUAUUAAGAAAACAUUCUGCAUCCCACUUUGGAGAGUGGCUUCUGAGGUCUUAAAUGCUAGCAGGCGGCCAUUUAAGAAGCAUCAAUGGGUCUCAACCCACCUGGAGCAAAGGAGAAUGAAGAACACCAAAGAUACAAGGUAAUUAUGAGCCCAAGAGACAGAGAGGACCACAUAAACCAGAGACUACAUCAGUCUGAGACCAGAAGAACUAGAUGGUGCCCAGCUACAACCAAUGACUGCCCUCACAGGGAGCACAACAGAGAACCCCUGAGGGAGCAGGAGAGCAGUGGGAUGCAGACCCCCAAUUCUCAUAAAAAGACCAGACUUAAUGGUCUGACUGAGACUGUGAAGGACCCUGGAGGUCACGGUCCCCAGACCUUCUGUUAGCCCAAGACAGGAACCAUUCCUAAAGCCAACUCUUUAGACAGGUAUUGGACUGGACUGUGGGAUAGAAAGUGAUACUGGUGAAGAAUGAGCUUCUUGGAUCAAGUAGACACAUGAGACUAUGUUGGCAUCUCCUGUCUGGAGGGGAGAUGAGAGGGCCAAGGGGGUCAGAAGCUAGCUGAAUGGACACAAAUAGACUGGAGGAAAGGAGUGUGCUGUCUUAUUAGGGGGAGAGCAAUUAGGAGCAUAUAGCAAGGUGUAUAUAAAUUUUUGUAUGAGAGACUGACUUGAUUUGUAAACUUUCACUUAAAGCACAAUAAAAAUGAAAAAAAAAAGGUAAUGUGAGGGGCUACUGUGAGAUACUAUAGUCAGGACAGGCCUCUGGUGAGGUGACAUUUGAGCAGAGACUUGAGUAAAGUGAGAUUUAGAGAGACCUUAGAGAUUACUAUUUGGUAAAUGAAGGCAUAGGUAAACUGUAACUUGUCCAUUGAUUUAAGAAUCCAGGUUCUCUCCUCUGCUGUUUUUACUGAAGCUAUACUGCAUCUCGUUAAAAUGUAACAUUUAUAUAAAGUAUAUCUUAUAUUUUCUUUACAGUUUAAAAUAUAUUGUAAUGGUUCGAAUAUGCAUUUCUAGCUGUUCCUUUAAAAAAUACUUUCUUACUCCUUUGAAAAUGUAAUAAUAAUAAGGACAGUGAGUUUAUUUGAAUUUUAUUUUGCUGCCUUCUCUAGGCUUUUCGUCUACUCCCAAGUAAUAUAGUCCUUGUUCUUGAUGUUUUUAUAGUAGUUUUCAAGUAGCUGCCUCUACCAAAUUGGUGACAUUAGCACUUAACUAUGUUUUACCUCAAGUUUAUUGAUUAAUUUAUGACCUGAAGACAUUUUCUUUAGUUUGUUGAAAUUAAUGAGUUUCAUUUUGUUUUCCCUCAGUUCUUUGUGGACAAGAGAGCAUUUAGUGUCUGUCUGUCCAAUUUGGGAGUUGCUAAGUACCAGAAAAAUGAGAAAGUAGCUACAAACCUAGCUCUGUGUUUUUGACAAGAUCAGUAAGACUUAAAGACUUUGUCAGCAUAUAUGAUAUCUUAAUUAAGAAAUAUUUAAAUACAUGAAGGAGGAUGUCUUGUUGCUCAUAGCACUGAAGCCGUUGUUACGCCUUAGAAAUAGUUGGGAAUCAAUGGAAGGAGACUUUUAUGAUGAGAGCUAUCUCCUUUUUUGUUCUGGCUAUGAGGAAGUUAAGAACGAGUUAUAUGCUUAGUCAUAGCAACUGUGGUAACUUUUAUGGUUAGUGUAUUUAUUUUAUCCUUUUUUCCCCUUGGCUCUGAUUGUCUGUUAUCAUAUUUAGCUUUGUGGCAAAUCUCUUCAGAACUUUUUAUUAAGGCACAUAUUAGUGAAUUUGCCAAUGUGAAGUAGCAGGCUUACUUUGAAUGGAGGGACUGGGCAUAGAGUGGUGGAGAGAUUGGUAGAUUGAUAUCUGGCCAAGUCCUGGCUGCUAUGGCCAGUCGAGUGUUCACCACCUUCGCUAAUCAAUAGUACAUUUCAGAAAGCCCUCCGGUUUUAGAGGUAGCAUUCUGUAACAUGAGCCCUGUAGAGAUGAUUGUUGUUUGGUUGACGAUGAGUUAGCUCUGGCUGAUGGCGGCCUCAUGUAUAAGAAAAGAAAACAUUGCCUGAUCCUGUGCCAUUCUUUAUUAUUGUUGGUAUGUUUGAGCCCAUUGUUUUGGUUAUUGGAGAUGAUGGCCUGUGGUAUUUGAGUACUCCUUAGCUUUUCCAUACACGUCUAUUGUCAUGCAGAAUUAUGUUUGCAUUUUAAAAGGCCUGUAACUACUACAAGUGUGCAUCUUUGAGUGAAGAGCCGUUAUUUUUUCUUUUUUUCACGUCUGGCUGAGGUCAAAAGAUUUGUGGUCUGAGUUUAGAUUGUGGAACAGGACUGCAUUGCCCAGGCUGAGCACUUUCUGUAUAAAAACUUUUAAAGAAGUCUUUUGUGCACAGUGUGGAGUCGACUUGGCUUCACUGCACUUAGUUAAGUGCCUGACCAAAGGGCCAGUUUGUGCAGCUUUUCCCUUUCACAGUGGGUUGCUUUAAAGAGACCAUUUGUUUGGGCUCAUCUUAUAUUGCAAAUAGAAUAAGUACAAAAUUUAUAAAAGAAGCAGAAUUUCAAUACUUUUUAAUACCUUUCACUUGGGUAAAUGCUUUAACAUUUUCCUUCUGUUACAUUUUAUUUUGAAUUUUUGUUGAAAUAUGACAUAUGCAGAAAAAUGCAUAUAUUUUAAGUGUACAGCUCAGUGAACUUUUAUAAACUGAAAAACUUGUGUAACCAGACAGAACCUAAAUCCAUAAUUGAGACCCUACUUUUCACUUGGAAAUAUUUUUUUCUAGCUUUAUGUCUGAUUUAAGGUCCAUGGCAAACCGAAAACCAAACCCAUUGCUGUAAAGUUGAUUCCUACUCAUAGGAUGGAGUAGAACUGCCCCACAGGGCUUCCAGGGAGUGGUUGGUGAAUUCAAACUGCCAACCUUUUGGUUGGCAGCCAAACUCUUAACCACUGUGCCACGAAGGCUCCAGGACAGCGCUUUGGAUUUCCAUUGUGCACACGCUCACAUCUUGAGCUCCGGAAUCCUGUAUCAAAUGCUCCAUCCACUCACUGUUCAGGACCUCUCUUACAUGCAGAGACCAGUUGACUUCUCUCGCUGCCUUUUCCUGCCUGUGUUUGGGAUGUUCUAAGUGAUUCGGUGCUGCCUUAUCACUGCCUAGAUCUCUUUCAACUUUCCCAGUGAGUCAGUAGUUGACAGUGUGUGGGGUUUUGAGAGAAAGUUGCUAGCUCUUAACAGUACUUGGGGUUGGAGCACUGGUGCAUCUUCCAGCUAGCUUGUAGCAGCAGGUCAAGUGAACACGUGUGCAGGUGAGGCGGGCCGCUUAGUCUUGGGGCCACAGCACUCUCCACCCUGUUCUCUUCUUGGAUUAAAACCAAACCAAACCUGUUGCUGUCGAGUUGAUCCUGACUGUAGCAACCCUAUAGGACACAGUAGGACUGCCCCAUAGGGUUCCCAAGGAACGCCUACUGGAUUCAAACUGCCGACCUUUUGAUUAGCAGCUGUAGCUCUUCACCACUGUGCCAGCAGGGUUUCCGCAUAAUUUGCUUCUGUGCCUAUUUUUCCAUUCCGAACAACUGAAUAACUCUUCUUCUUUCUGUUUUAUCCAUUUUUAUGUGUAUUGAUGCCUUUAUGUGGGUUAAUACAGCUUUGAUCAGAUUACAUUCAAGCUGUGUUAAAAAGCAAUUCUGUCUUUAAGAUGGCUUUUGCAUAUCCUUGGUCUGAUGAAUUAUUUAUAUGUUGACUUUAUAAUUUACUUUUCAGUGGGCAUUCUCUAUUUCCAAGUUGUUUUAUGUAACUUACCCACCUUGGGUACCAAGAAAUAGUAUUUUAUUAGAAUAAAAGAAGCAUAUAAAUUCUUCAGAGGAGAGAGAACUCUUCUUGUUAUUAUGUUUGAAAAGAGAUUUAUUACUUGGGACCACAAAUAGGGGCCAUUGUGGAAUAUAAUGGGUGUCUUAUAAAUAUAGAAAUUGUUAAAAGCAAAAGGCAUUAUGGUUGCUGCCAUGUCAUCUCUUGGCUUCCAGGUGGCUCCUCCAGCCACAAUAAUUCUAUCUUCUCUUCCCAGGUCACCCUACAUAUAGGACUAGAAUUGUCAAUAAAUACCUGGACUUCCAGCUUCUAGCCCAUGCAUGAGAAAAGCCCAGUCAUCUGAUUCUCAAGUAACUCGGCACCUGUUCCUGUGGAGUCUAUUCUGACUCACAGCAUCCCUAUAGGACAGAGUAGAACUUGCCCAUAGAGUUUCCAAGUCUGCAGUCUUGACAGAAGCACACUGCCACGUCUUUCUCCAACGGAGCAGCUGAGUCAUCCUUUCUGAACUUCCAUGAUUCAGACUGCGAGCCCAAAGGAUCACCACCUUGUGACUCUUUGCUUUCCCUCAACACAGAAAAGAUUCUGCUAUUGCUUAUGUGUUGAUUGGCAGUGGUCUCUAUGAUGAAGCAAUAAGGCAUUUUUCAACAAUGCUUCAGGAGGAGCCUGAUCUGGUUAGUGCAAUUUAUGGCCGAGGGAUAGCCUAUGGAAAGAAGGGACUACAUGACAUUAAGAAUGCUGAACUUGCUCUGUUCGAAUUGAGCCGAGUAGUUACCUUGGAACCAGAUCGUCCAGAGGUAUUUGAGCAGCGAGCAGAAAUUCUGUCCCCUCUGGGUCGAAUCAAUGAAGCAGUGAGUGACCUCACUAAAGCUAUCCAGCUCCAACCCUCAGCACGGCUCUACAGGCACCGGGGGACCCUAUACUUCAUAUCAGAAGACUAUGCAACAGCCCACGAAGACUUUCAGCAGUCCUUAGAACUGAACAAAAAUCAGCCUAUAGCUAUGCUAUACAAAGGUUUAACUUUCUUUCACAGAGGACUUUUGAAGGAAGCUAUUGAAUCCUUCAAAGAGGCUUUGAAGCAGAAAGUUGACUUUAUUGAUGCGUAUAAAAGUCUGGGGCAGGCCUAUAGAGAACUGGGCAAUUUUGAAGCAGCCACUGAGAGCUUUCAGAAGGCACUGUUGCUCAACCAAAACCAUGUGCAGACCCUCCAGCUCCGGGGGAUGAUGCUUUAUCAUCAUGGCAGCUUACAGGAGGCCCUUAAGAACUUUAAGCGGUGUCUGCAGCUAGAGCCGUAUAAUGAAGUGUGCCAGUAUAUGAAAGGACUCAGCCAUGUUGCAAUGGGACAGUUUUAUGAAGGGAUAAAAGCACAAACUAAAGUUAUGCUAAAUGAUCCUCUCCCAGGUCAGAAGGCUAGCCCAGAGUAUCUUAAAGUGAAAUAUCUCCGAGAGUAUUCUCGAUACCUUCACGCACACCUUGAUACCCCCCUAACGGAAUAUAACAUCGACGUGGAUCUACCUGGAAGCUUUAAGGACCACUGGGCUAAAAAUCUGCCCUUCCUCAUAGAAGACUAUGAAGAACAGCCAGGGUUGCAACCUCACAUAAAAGAUGUGUUACAUCAGAAUUUUGAGAGUUAUAAACUUGAGGUACAAGAGCUGAUUUGUGUAGCGGAUCGUUUGGGAUCACUGAUGCAAUACGAAACACCUGGUUUCCUGCCAAACAAGAGAAUACACAGAGCCAUGGGCUUGGCAGCAUUAGAAGUCAUGCAGGCUGUACAGCGCACCUGGACCAACUCAAAAGUGCGAAUGAAUGGGAAAACUCGUCUGAUGCAAUGGAGAGACAUGUUUGACAUUGCAGUUAAAUGGAGAAGGAUUGCUGAUCCAGACCAGCCUGUGCUGUGGUUAGAUCAAAUGCCAGCACGAAGCCUCAGCAGAGGUUUUAAUAAUCACAUCAAUUUAAUCAGGAUAGCUGCAAGAUCCGACACUCAGCCCUGCUCAGACAGAACUUUACUUCUCCUCUGGUCAUUGACUGUGAACAUGCGGAUUCCCCAAACAUUUUCGCUGGGUCAGGUGAUUAACAUGAGAUACCUGGAAUAUUUUGAGAAAAUACUUCGUUUUAUUAAAGAUAGAAUUCUUGUUUAUCAUGGAGCUAAUAAUCCUAAAGGAUUGUUAGAAGUCAGAGAAGCUCUGGAAAAGGUUCACAAAGUAGAAGACCUUCUUCCAAUUAUGAAGCAGUUUAAUACUAAAACGAAGGAUGGGUUCACUGUGAACACAAAAGUCCCCAGCCUCAAAGAUCCAGGGAAGGAAUAUGAUGGAUUCACAAUCACUAUUACAGGAGACAAAGUUGGUAAUAUACUCUUUUCUGUGGAAACGCAAACCACGGAAGAAAGAACACAAUUGUAUCAUGCUGAAAUAGAUGCACUUUAUAAAGAUCUGACAGCAAAAGGAAAGGUAUUGAUUCUCUCGUCAGAAUUUGGGGAGGCUGAUGCUGUUUGUAACUUAAUCUUAUCCUUAGUUUAUUACUUUUAUAAUUUAAUGCCACUCUCUCGAGGAUCCAGUGUAAUAGCUUAUUCGGUGAUAGUGGGAGCAUUGAUGGCAAGUGGAAAAGAAAUAGCAGGAAAAAUUCCCAAAGGGAAGUUAGUAGACUUUGAAGCUAUGACAGCCCCUGGCUCAGAGGCCUUCAGCAAAAUAGCUAAAAGCUGGAUGAACUUGAAAAGUAUUUCUCCUUCUUAUAAGACUCUACCAUCAGUAUCAGAGACAUUUCCAACAUUAAGAUCCAUGAUUGAGGUGCUAAACACAGACUCUUCUCCACGUUGUCUUAAGAAACUCUAGUUACUCUAUGGUAUUUAUACAAGUAAAGGGCCGGGACCUCUUGCUUCUUAAGUUAUUUUUUAAAAACAUGGAAUUAUACAGAAAUUAGGUCCUUUAUUACUUUUGAUACCAAUUUUUGAUAGGAAUUGAAUACUUGAAAUCAUUUUCUUUACUUUUCUGAACCAUAACAAAAAUCAUGAAAGAGGGUUUUUAAGGGGUGAAGAAAGCUAUAUGUAUGGGAGGAAGAGUGUCCGUACUGGCCAGUGGCCUGUUGGUUUCCACUUGUAAAAGUCAUACGACUACUUCCUUACAGCAAAAAAAAAAGUUUACUUCAAAGACCAAAAAAUUAAUAAUUAAAAUGAAUAGAACCAAUAACAAAACAGGAGUAUUCUCAUUCCUUUAAAGAUGUGGAUAUUUUUUCAAAGACUUUCACUUGAAUGCACUUUGUGAGAGUGUCAUUUUUCAGUUCAGGUAGCCCUCAUGUAUGUGGUCUCCAUUUAAUUUGACUCUGAAAGGUUUGGGGUCCAUGAUGACUCGCACAGCCAGGAGCACUUACUGUGUGUGACACAGACAGUAUUUACCAAUGACCAAACACUGAAUUAUUAAACCGUGUAUUUUUUUUUUUUGUUGGAGGCAAAAAAAAAAAAGGUGAUUUCUGUAAAUCACCACUUUUGACACUGGAUUAUAUAUGUUUUUAUUUUGUGAACUAGUUUCACUUUCAGAUAUAAGAACAUUCAGAAAAUUACUGAUUUUUUUUUCAGACGGGAGAUGAUGAUGAAUGAGGAAAACUGGUUAAUUAAAAUGUUGCCGUUUCCAAAUCAUUUUCAUUUUUUUGUUCUUGGAUUUUUGUUAAGAGUUAAACUGUUCACUCCAUUUCAUUUUUUUCCACUCAAAAUUUUGCGCGAGAGCCGCCUGACGAUGCUUCCUAGAAAAGAGUCUCUGUUCAUGGUGGUUUACACGGUGCUGGGCAUCAACAGAUGUGUCCGUACAACUUGGUAGAACGUGGCACCUUUGGUCAAUUCACAACAUUCAUUGGAUUUCGCCUUGGGCAGAUGCUGUUCUGGGCGCUGACAAAGACAUGGUUAAUGUUCUCAUCUCGUUCGGGUAACCACUGAAGGAGAGGGGGAUGCUGGGGUAAAUCCUUAGUCACGCCUUAUUUUAGGAACAGAUGGCACAUCUGCAGAUUACCUUCUCCUGAGUCUAAGCCUGUGCUCAGAAAGAACAAGUGUCUUUAUUUCCAUUUUACAGAUGAGCCUUGGGAAGUCAGUGACUCUCCAGGGUCACCCAGCUGUUUAUAAGGGAUAGUGCUGGGACUAAGCUAGUCCUCUCUGACACUGCGGCCGGCCUGCCUGCACCACCAUGGCACUGGGGAGCCAAAGAUUUAAUUCUCACUCUUCUUAAGACCCACAAAAUACUAAACACUUUACCUGCAAAAUCUCUGUAUCUCCAUUGUGUUUCUUUGCACUCUAACAUCAUGAUGUUUCGAUCACACUUGCCCACUAGAAGACUUUUAAAACCGAAGAGGAGCUGCGUUCAGGUGUGCUCUGCAGGAUUGCAAACGCAAGAUGAGAAUUACAGAGGUUAAACAUGUAUAAAUGAACAGGUUUUUAAACAUUUCCCUCUUUCCACUUAACUAUUUCACAAAGUCAAAAUCCUUCAGUUUUAUCAAGAGCUUUCUUCACUUUAUCACCAGCUUCAUAAGAUUUUAAAUUGUGAAAUUUCUAUUUUUCAAUUAGGGAAAUGGUAUAAAUAAAUUAGCUGGCUCUUCAAAAAUAUAACAAUUUGUCUAAACCCCAGAAUUAGAAUAUGUUUUUCUUGAAACUUUGAAACUCCAAAUCAUUACAUUUCAAUUUGAAUUUAAUUAGUCCAGUUUCUUCUCAUACAAGGAAUAUAGCUGUCUCAUCAUUGCAAAUACUGGGAAACUGCUAAAUUCUAUGAUCGUAAGAUGUUCUGGAAAAACAUUCUAUCCUCUGGCCUAGAUUGCCAAACUGAAUGUGGUAUGAACAAAACAUUAGGAACAGUUUUACCUGGUGGUGGAGAAGAUGCCCCUGUUGGAGCUACAGCUCAUCUCAGGAACUCUUAACUCAAGAAGGCCAUGAUGAUAAGAAAUGUAUUUUUAUAUCACUAUAUUUGAGAUUCUCUUAUCACAUCCUCUUAAAAUGAGAAUUGCACUUAAAAAUCAACCAGGAUUUCAUUAUACAAUUUGUUCUGUGUUUAAACACUUUUUUUUUUUUUUAACUUAAGUCUCUUUCUUAAAAAUUGAAAUUAGGUUUACUUUUAUCCUAAAACUUUUAUAUUGAAACCUUUUGAUCUUUCUGGUAAGACAGGACUGCUAUGUUUGUUUUGUUGAGAUCUGGUUUUUUUCUUGUUAGCUACCCUUAAGCCUGGGUAGCUCAGCUGGUAGGGCAUCAGACUUUUAAUCUGAGGGUCCAGGGUUCAUGUCCCUGUUCAGGCAUUAUCCUUGGAAACCCUGGUGGUGUAACGGUUAGGUUAAGUGCUUCGGCCACUAACCAAAGGUUUGACAGUCCAAAUCCACCAGGCGCUCCAUGGAAACUCUAUGGGGCAGUUCUAUUCUGUCCUAUAGGGUUGUUAUGAGUCGGAAUCGACUCAACGGCAACGGGUUUUUUGGUUUUAGUUUCCUUUAUCCUUUUGAUUUCAUGGCAUAAUACCCAGGAAGCUCCUAGGGCCCAGAGACCCUCAGACUACUGUCCCUCCAACUGCGAUAAAGCAUGUUUGAGUGUGUUUCUGCUCAAGGUCCAAUGAGAGUAGGAGAAGCCAUAUUCCCAUGCUUUGCAGAUUUGUCUAAUUUCAUAUCUGCAUUUUGGUUUUCUUAUACUACAGUUAUUUCUAGUAAAACUCCUUCAGAUAUUCAUUUGCCUACUCACUGUUGGUCUUGGGGUUCCUUUACCCCCUAAAAAAUUUGAAAUGUGUGUUAGAGGGGAACCUAGUCCAGGAAUGUAAUUCAGGAUUCAGCUCUUUACCUCAUGGCUCAUACACAACCCAUUAGCAAAUCUGCUCUUUUCUACCCCAAAACAAUAUCCAUCAUCCUUCUCCAUUUUCUGCAUCUUAAUUACUACUUCCCUAGUCCAGUAUAAAAUUUCUCUUGGACUAUUUCAGUAGUCUCCUAACUGGACUUCCUGCUUCUAUUCUAUUUGAGCCUGUCACAGUUUUAUUGCCCUUAAGAUAAAAUUCUGUCUCCUUACUAUAGCCUACAUGAUACAACUCUCUCAGUUUCUCCAAUCUCAUACUCUUCCCUUUAUCUAUACACCAUAGCCACACUCCUGUUUUUAUUGCACCAUCAACUCACAGAGCCUUUUUCUUCCUUAAGGACUUUACAAUUAGCACAGUCCAGUAGAAGUUUUUGCGAUGGGAAUGUUCCCUAUUUGUACUGUCCAAUAUGGUAGCCACUAGUCACAUGUGGCUACUGAGCUCUUGAAAUGUGGCUACUGUUACAUAGGAACUGAAUUUUAAUUUUAAUUUAAAUAGCCGCAUGUAGGCUGUGUCUAUUGUAUUGGAUGGCACAGCCUAGAGAAUUCCAAGUUAGACUUCAGAAUAAAUUUUUCCAUAGAAAUAAUUCUAAGCGAUGUUCUCAGAUGGCAGUUUAAUAUAUUUAUGAACUUGAUGUUACAGACUUGGCCAAGUAGCUAAGCUCUGUUUGUAAAAUUUUUUCUGUGGAUGAAGAUGUUCAAAGUUUCAAAAGUCUAACUUAAAAAGAACUACCCUAGUUCAAAACUUGUUAGUAAAUUAGGAAUGCUUUAGUGAGGAACUUCUUUGAUGUCGAAGGUAUCUGAAGGACAGGAAACUGGCCUCCAACUCUCCAGAAUUUAACCUCUGAUAAUUUGAAAAUAAGGGAAUAAGAUUUAUGAAGUCAAUUUAUGAACCAAGGCAGAGACCAGCAAAAUUACCUGGAGAGACCCAUGUGUCCCAGACCAGCAAGAUUUGACUGUAUUCGUGGAUGUAUCCUACGAUUUCAUAAGGGAGCUGGCAAUUCAUUGCCCCAAAGUCUGUCCCUUCCCCUAGCCUUCCCUAUUUCAGUAAAUGGUCCCUUCCCCCCAGUGACUCAAGCCAAAAACCUAGAUGGCAUUCUUGAUUCUGCAGUGUCCCUUCCCUAGUUUCUAAAUGACCACCACCCAAUUCAUCUUCAACUCCUAUCCAGUGUAUCUCUAAAAAUAUCCCAGAUCUGUUUAUGUCUAACCAUCUCCACUGUCACCCAAGCCAAAGCUAUUUAAAUAAAAUUAAAAGCAUGUCAUUCAGUUGCACUGGCCCCAUUUUAAGUGCUCAAUGCAACAUGUGGCUGGUGGCUACCAUAUUGGAUAACACAGAUACAGAACAUCCCCAUCAUAGUAGAGUGUUCUAUUGGACAGUGCUGCAACCUUGAAAACAGAGACAACCACCCUCCCCCACUUCUGCAUUGGACAGUAAUUAGAGCAAGAGUCUAUGGUCUUGAGGAAGGGUCCCAGUUUUGAGAGGCUCAGGGUAAAAAUUUCAGCAUUUGGAGGUAGCACGGGGUGACAGAGGAGAGGAAAAGAGAAUCUCCAGCACGUGCUUGAAAAGUUUCCAUCUAUUACUGAUCCAGUGGGCCUGGGGUUAAGCCUGGGGAAUCUGCAUUUUCACAGCUCAGGUGGUCCAGGGAGAUGGAGGACAACCACAGAAUACUGAGAAUCAUGACCUAAGUGGACAUAUUUUGAGGGGCCACAAUGCAGUCCAUGACAGCUUCCCAGCCACAUGAGAACACUUAGCAGUUAUCAAUCUGAGUUCUCUCAGAGAAACUCUUUGAUACCCAUAGGCUUCAUUUUCUUCCUCUCAAAUUAUUGGACCUAAUUUUAGUUAUUACUUUCUUUUCUUCCUUUCUGUGUAUUUCCUUCCUCUGAACAGAUUUCAUUCAGAAACAGACGGACUUUAAGGCUCCAGCUUAUAUAUUUCAACCCUCCAAACUGCCCUUUUGUUUAUUUUUUUUAAUCCCUUUUUUCCUUUUAGACAAGAGACUUCAUAGUGAAUAAAUCCCUACCAUGUACAUUUGGUUCUCAUUACAACAAGGAACUAUGUAAGAUAGAAAUUAUUUCCCUUAAGGGGGUGGUGUGUUGUUUUUCUAAUGUAACAUAACUGGUAAAUGAUGGAACCAGGAUUUGAACCUGAAUUUCUCAUUAGAAUGCCAGAAGCAAUUUAUGCACAAAUUCUUGGUUUUUGGACUCGUCCAUUCCCCCUAGAAAGAUUUUCAUGAUGAGUGAAAGGAAGAUCAUGCUAUUCUUGGAGCUCUUUAUUUUACUUUUGAAAAGUAUCUGACUAAUCUCCAUUUGUGAAUUUUCCUUUAUAUUAGAAUUCCUUGGUUUGCAAAUGACAGAAAUUUAAUUCAAAGUAGCUUAAGCCAGAAGUGGAAUAGUACUAUCUUUUUAUCUGCCCAAGAGGGAUCUUUGCCCUGAUCUGGUGCUCAAAGCUGGCACAGCAUGACUGGUUUCCACAACAGGCCCCUGGGAAAUGCUUUAUGUUAUUGAAACACAACUUCAUCUGAAUGUCAUAAAAGCUCGUGGUUUGUGCCACUGUCAACAUCAGAGAUGAAAACCUUCUGAGCGCAGUGAAGAUUUAAACAAAGGAAAUGCCUUAGGUAAGAGGGAAAAAAACUUUUGUCAAAUUCUUCCAUCCAGACAGUAUGAAUGCAGUAGAUGCUUACUUAAUGAAGCAUCUUUUCCCAGUAGUGCCAAGUGUCCUGUUACUUGUCCUUUUACUUUGUGUACUAAAUCCAGAGGUGAUCAUGAAUUAGUGUGGUAUUUAUAACAGUUGCACAUGGUGACUUAUAUAUCUAGGGCCAGUCAUACAUAAAUCAUAUUACCAAUUCUUUACACUGGCAACAAGAUAGGCAUCGCCUUAGGCUGGGUUCUCGAGAGAAGCAAAACCAGUGAAGCAUAUAAAUAUGUGGAGCAAUUUAUAGCAAGGAAGUGGCUCACGAUGUUGAAGAGGCUGGAAAGUCCCAAGUCCAUGGGUCAGGCUGGAGGCUUCUGACUCACGUAGCUACGGGGGCUGGUAAACGCAAGAUCGGCAGGUUGGACAGCAGGACUCUGGCUCACAGGCUGCAGAGGCUGGUGCAUCCCAUGAUCAGCAGGUGAAACAGCAGGUAAGCUGCUAGCUCAAGUCCCAAGAACCAGAGCUCAGAUGAACAGGAGCCAGCUGCAGGAUUCAGAGGGAGCAAAAGCCAGUGAGCUUUGCCAGGAAGUCCACCUAUAUUGAAUGCAGGCUACAGUCUCAAGGAAACUCCGUUUCAACUGAUUGGCUGAUCAUAUCAGAUCUCAUCGUGAAGGUGAUUACAUUAUAUCAAAUCUCAUCAUGGAGGUGAUUGCAUCAUUACAUAGGUGCCAAACUACAUCAUAACUGCCAAACCACUGAGAAUAAUGGCCCAGCCAAGUGGUCACACAACCUUAACCAUCACAGACAUUGAAGGUUAGAAUUGCAAAUAAUUUUUAUACUUAAAUUUUAAAUUACAUUUAAAAUUUAAGUGAAAAUUCA